AUGAAACCAAAAAGGCCCCCAGACCUGACGCCGGAUUGGAAGAUUGAUGAAAUCCCCCCAGAGCCAUAUUCGCAGAGCUUUUACCAAGAAUUUGAGAGACCAUAUAAACUGCAGCCGUUCGCCAUGAGCGCUGCAUUUUGGGACGCGUCAGCUAACAACUUCGUAAGUACUAUGCCUGCACCAAAAAAGGCCCGUGUACUGUUUCAGGACCACCCCCAACUCCUGGGUUGUUACUGUUGUACUGUGUACAAAAAAGUGGUCCCACUCGCCGGCUGUGCUGUCCUUACGACUCGGCACAUUCUGACUACGGCCACGUCCACAGAACUCGUUCUUAAAGAAGUUGAUGAGGAAAGAGAGAAUCUGGAAAAUUAUCUCGGUGCCUGGUACGAUGUAUCCUAUUACCUUUCAAACAACAGCAUCUAUAUGACACCUGCAAGGAUUCAUUAUCAUCCUAAAUAUAUAAUGCCAGAAAAUGUAAAUGCCUCACAUCCAAUCCCGGGAGUCUUUGAUUUGGCAGUAUGGGCGUCAACAUAUCCAUUUUUUCGCUUCAAAGAUUAUUAUGCUGAUAUGCGGCACACCUACAUAUGCAACAGAGCGGGAUCAUAUUGUUUUAACCUCAUACUAUUCUUGUGCAGGCUACAAUUCGGAUCUCCGACGCUUGGAUCUGUAAAACAGCCUGUCGCCAUUAUAGUGGGAUUCCAGUUUAUAUUAUGGUACAAAAGAAAACCCAGCCCUUUUUACAAAUAUGCGGUGAAAACACAGAAGUACACGGGUAAAUGUCCAAAGACCGAAUGGGGGUGGUUCUUCUGCGUAUGGGGCAGAUGGGCAGGGCUAGGGCUGGACAGUGGUGCCGCCCUCCACAGGGCAACACAAGGGCAAUCUUGGCUCUACGACGGGCUCCUCGGUUUGAACGCUUUCUCCAUGGACCUGAGGGCCAAAGAGCUCACCCAUUACUUCACUCCAGUGGAAAACCACGCCGUCUUGUCCUGGCUUUAUGACGCAUAUAUGGGCAGAGUGGAUUACCGCUGGCUGGAUGGUCGUUUUGAAAACACGGAAUGGCAGGCACCGGUGCCGAAAAAAGGAAUCAAAAUCGAAUGGAAGUACGACUCGGUCACUGCAAAGUGGUGGAGCCCUGGGUUCGAGCCUCCGAUAUUUUAUAAAAAAUAA